CUUACACAAUCGAAAAUUGCAGUUUGAUUAACUUAUUUCAAUACAGGCAAACACCGACGUGGUAAAUUACGCAGUUGCGCAAAGGCGAGUACGCGAUGAAAAUUUUUCUUACACCUUUAUGAAAACCUGCAAUUCUCGUGAUCGCGAAGUCUGUUCAGUACAGUAUGGAAAAAAUACAAUACAGCCAAGGCAAUGCUCGUCAUUUUUCUGUUUCCGUCCGGUUCUCGCGUCACCGAAAACCCAAAAUGCAGUACCUGGACUCUCGGGGAUUGGACUUGGUGAAAUACGUGAUGUACAUUCAGGCCGUCCUUCUGCAAAUUUACAUCUACUGCUCGCUGGGAGAUGAUCUUCUGACCGAGAGCACCAAGGUUGGACAGGCUGCCUACGAAUGUCCUUGGACGAAUUUCUCAACGUCCGUGAAGAGCUGCCUCCUGGUGAUGACCAUGCGCUCUCAGCAACCGCUGCUCAUCACUGCUGGGAACUUCUACGUCAUGUCCAUGGAGAAUUUUGCCGCGAUUCUCAAGACUUCGCUUUCCUAUUUGUCGGUGCUUCGCGCGAUGUGCGACGACGGCCUUUCGGAAUGACACGAAAUACGAAGCUCACGUCUCUCAACGAUGCCGAUAUUUUUCUUCGCUUUAUAACUGACCUCAACUCACAAAUCUAGUGCUUUGGAAUUUCAUUCUGUACUGUAAUCAGUAGUUUAACGCAUCGCUAUACGUCGCUUGCAUAUAUCAGUACUGAUAAUCUUAGGAUCUUAAAAUCUUAUUCGAAUAUAAUAAUUAUUUCUGAA